GUCUGUAACUACGUUGCCUUGGGAGGAUUUUUUUUUUAAACAAUUUAGACAAAAAGACGAAAGCUUCAGCUUCUACCCUCCCUCUUCUCCUCUUCCCCUGUAAUAUUCAGACACAAUUGCUCGCAGCCUUGGGGCGGAAUAGUUAAGAAGGUAUGUGAAGUAAGUCUUUUUUAGGACUUUGAAUGAACCAAAAGAAGAAAGAACGACGUGAGAGGGGGAAGGGUGGAGGACAAAGAUGGAGCUAGAUGAAGUGUGAGAGGGAGAAAAGCCUCAGAGCUGCAGGUGUGGGAGCAAAUUGAGUUAAAGCGUUAAUGCUUAUGGAGCUGGGAGAAUUAGAUGUAUGUAAAAAUAAAUCCUCUGUGAUAGUGUUUCGAAAUAGCAUUUUUGGAGGCUGACAAACUGCUUGUCUGGUAAAUUUAAAUCCGAUUUCUGCUGCCUCUGCAUAACCUGCAAUUUCAGAGGAAAUAAAAAAGAAAGGGGCAGUAUAAUCAGCUGAAGCACACAGAUCUCAUGCCUCUCUGAUCCCUCAUCCCGCCCACCGCACACAAGUCUCCCAUUCUUGUAUUUUUUCCUCAUUCACUCCAGCGAGACGCCUGAGAGGAGGACGCAUUCACUUUGUUUGCCAACACCGAAAGCUGGAGUUCUUUGGGAAAGAAAUCUCAAUCUAGGAACAGGAUUUGAAUUGAGUUUAUUCUGUUUUAUCCUCCUCCUCUUUGAUGCAUUUUCUAAGAAAUAGAUGGAAAAGUUGUGACAGCUUUAGAAAGAACACAGAGCGAGAGAGAGAGAGAUUUACCCUGAAGGCUUUGAAAGAAGAAACAGGAGCCAGAUAAAAAGGGGCAGCGAUAAUCUGCACAGCUGCUGCGUGGAGGGAAGGAGACACAGACAGAUAAAGAAAGCAAACGAGGUGAACAAGUGCGAAGGACGAGGAGAGGAGACAGACGAGGACGACCGUUCACGUUGAAGGCCACGGCAGAUAUAAAUACAAAGUGAAGACAAAACCCAGAGGGACACCUGUCGUCAAAUUAGCAGUAAUGGAGACGCGGCGGGACGAGACGAGAAAGCUGGACUGAGGAGAAACGUUAAACACGCCGGACUCGAGCGAAGUAAGACGAGAAGGUUUCUUCAUCAUGAUUUCUUCAGGUGGCGUCCCAAAAUCCAACGACCUGCACGGGAGGAGCAACUUCGUCCCAGGAUAGAAUGAGAAGAGGAGCCUGAUCCGUCAGAACCGGCCUGCUUUCACAUUAACUUCACCAACUCCCCCCACCCCCAGCUCUCCAUCCCCUCACUAUGUGGAUACCAGCUGUGCUCCUAUGGAUGCUUUACUUCAGCUGUCUGUGCUCAGGCCAAGACUACAGGGACUAUUACCCAACCGGAGACACGGGCACCGAGGCUCCAGCCCAGUCAGAUGACCAGUCCAGUUUGGAGACGGUGACCAGCAUGGACCAGCUGCUGCAGCUCUUCUACCCUGAAUACAGCUUGAUCCAGCAGUGCAUGAGGAAAAGAUCCUGGCACGCCUCCUCUUCCUCAUCUUCCUCAUCUUCCUUCCCUUCCUCGUCUUUUUCAACCUCUUCGGCGAGCCCUUUAGUCCGCUCCGACGACAACGACAUGUGGGUUCCGAUGCGGGAGGAACCCGUCUACAGAGUGGAUGGAACGCUAGCUGUCAUUCUGGAAGAGAUCCAGCGUACGUCGUGCCAGCCGAGAGAGGUGUGUGUUGAGGUGGCCAAGGAGUACCCAGAAUCCACCAGUCAGCUGUACCUCCCUCGCUGUGUGGCGCUGCAUCGCUGCGGUGGUUGCUGCGGGAACGAGGCUUUUUACUGCACCAACAUGAGCUACAGUCUCGUCAAUAAAACCCUGAUGGAGCUGUCUCCGCCCAGGAUGGAUCGCUCAGUCGCCAUGGUAACAUUCGUCAACCACACCUCAUGCGAAUGCCUCUCCAAGCGGCCGCUUCACUCCAUCAUAAGGCGAGCAGCAACAGAUCAUCUGUGCUCCCCUCCUGAAGUCCCCUGCACCUCUGGAUCAUUAUGGGAUCCAGUGAACUGCGUGUGUGUCUCUGCGGACACCAUCAGCUACACUCAGAAACAAACAGAGGCGCUGGACUCGGGUCUGCUGGCUCUCUGUGGGCCCAACAGGGUUCUGGAAGAAUCCACCUGCGAGUGCGUCUGUCAGAACGGACUGACAGAAGCCAGCUGCUAUCCAGGCUGGAAACUGGACCAGAACACCUGUGAGUGCCAGUGCGAAGGCCAAGGCGAGGGGAAGCUGUGUCCUGCUGGGCAGCGGUGGGACGACGAGCUGUGCGGUUGUGUUUGCGCGGUGGAGUGUCCCAGGAAUCAGCCCCUAAAUCCCGACACGUGUCUGUGUCAGUGCAGAGAGAGUCCCCAGACGUGUCUACGGCAGGGCAAGAGGUUCAACCCGAACACCUGCAGUUGUUACAGGCUUUCCUGCAGAAACCCCAGACGAGAGUGCCAGGACGGAUUUUACUACAGCAGCCAGGUCUGCCAGUGCAUCCCCAAGUACAUGAAGUGGAAUUACCAAACAAGAAAGUGAGGAAGAGGGAUUUAUCCCGCUUAGAUCGGAAACUUUUCCACCUGAGUGACUCCACGCACAGGAGCUGGAAGUGGAUCUACGUAUAGAGACAUGCAGCGUUUGUGGGAGGUUUAAGCCGCCUGUGCUGAGUCAUUUUUCAAGUGAACCAUCUCAAACUGUGUCCAUAAACUUUCCCCAGAACAAAGGAAAGGGCAAAAAGCCAUGUUUAUCCAACAAAACUCUUCAAAAAGAGGUAAUAAGGACAGAUAUUUGAUUCCUUCCACAUCUGGAAAGCCACUCGAGUUUGACUGUAAACGCAGAGCAACAAGGUGGGAUGGACCAGACAGACCAACGUGUUGCAGCAAGAAGAAUGCCAACCACCAACCUGCUGAGGAGCUGCAGCUCAUGCCUGUGUGAAAUGGAAUGUGAAUAAGAUAAUAACAGACCCGACUGCAUGCUUUUUUCUUCUUCUUUUUUUUUUUUCCAAAAUAAACGUGGGAAGGAAAAAUCUUAAGGCAAAUUUCCAUAUUGGCUGGAAGGAGAAUCUUGUAGCGAGGAUCUCUAAAGUGUACACACCCUCUGUUAUGAUGCCAGGUUAAAUCAGACCAGUGUGAAUCAUUUUCAAGAUGUGGGAUACAAAUAGACUCAAACCAAAGGCUGAACGCUGAAACUGAGUCGGAAACAUUAAGAAAUGUUAAAUACACACACUUUAAAAAAGUACAUUUUUACUCUUGUAACUGAAGCUUACAGCAAAUGCAAAUAUUUUUUCUAAUUAUUUACCCAAAACCAGAGAAGUUUUGGGUCUGAUUUUACUUCAGAGAGUGAGAAAGAAAACAAGUUUGUCUCUUUUUAUUCAUUGUAUGUAAACGUCUGGUUUUAAAAUGAUUUAUCAACUUUUUACAUGUCGUCAUCCAAUGUAACUCAUUUUAACUGGGGUAUGUACACUUUUUUGGAUUCCUUACAUUCCCUUCUUUUCGAUGAGGUGAAUGAUGAACGAUGAAUCGCUUGACGCAUUUCUACAUCCAGUCACAACCUGACAGUUCUGGGUCUGCUUCUAAUUGAUCUGUUCCCACUCUGAGCAAUUUUAUUUUUAUAUAUUUAAACUUUUUUAUAUUUAAAGAAAGAAAAAGAGAGGGAGAGAGAGAGAAAAAAAACUAGUGACAUUUUGAAGAUGGAUUUGUGAGUAGCUGUACAUAACUGUAUUUAAAUCACGAUAAUAACUAGAGAGCAAUUAUAUUAUUUUAAAGUGAAGCAAGCAGCAUUGUUUUGCAACAAGUCUUUUUGGAAACAUUUGGAAUAAUAACUGCUGCUUACUCAUCUGAUUCACUGAAAUAUAGUGUUAGUUAUUUAAUUCUCAGUUUUGAUGCUUAAUGCUGGGUGGAUGGAGCGACUGCAGUGUAGCUGGGAUUGUGAUCAGUGGCGGUUCUUGAGUGAAAGUGCACUUUUCAUUCAACCAAUCAAAAUGCAUGAAAUAAUCCGCGAUUCUGGGAGGGGAUAAAAUCCAGUCUAGUUCCUAUUCUCAUUACUCUCAGCAGGAAAAAUAAAAGCACUGGUUUUUGAUCAAGAUGCAAAAAUUGCUAAUUUCUUAUGUGGUUCUUUUUGGAGCCCCCUUCUGUAAUGCCGCCCUGGGAAACUGCCCAUACUAAAAAGCGCCACUGGUUGUAGUUCAUGUGCUCUGGGGCUCUAGAAGAAUCCAUCAUUACUUCAGUAAGUAUUGAUUAAAGGCUCUGUCUGACUGAG